CCCAUGGACUCUGCUCGAGUCAGCUGAAGCAGUUGCGCACUCGACGAGAACUCCAUCUGGUCCAAGAUCUGUGUCUGAAUGUGAGGUCCUGUCGCGCCAAAGGCCAUAUCUGUUCGAGGGAAACAAAGGUCAGCACUCUGAACUGUUUGGUCCUAGUGGAUGGUGCGCAGUCACACCUGAGCUUCGUUGAGCAUUGCAGUGGAUUCUCAGCUCUGUUCUACAAAUUGCCUUUUCCUUUUUCCUUUUUCCGCCGCAGGCUCUCGUGAUCGAUCGAAUGUCUUGAAUGAGUACAUGUUUCGGUUCCGGCUCUCAACCGAAGUGCCCUCAAGGUUUGCGAUCUGAGAUCGGAGAAAUAUCUCAAUGUUUCAUAUGUAGAUAUUUUCCAGUAGACUUUGAACAAGUUUAUGACACGUACUACCCGACCCACCAAUUUCGUUGCCUGCUUUUGGGUAUGCAAGCAAACAUGAUGUCGUCUCACAGAUUCUCAGCCAUCUUGUGGCUCAGCUUGGUGGCCAUCAGCAGUACUGCUGUUGCUCAUGAAAACAUUCUAAAAACGACAGUUGACCCUUCUAAUGACGCUUGGGACUACAGUGACGGGCCGAACGGGCCUGCUCAUUGGGGAGACUUGAACCCCAGCUGGAGAACUUGCAAUGAGGGCCAGAAUCAGUCUCCGAUUAACAUCGAUACUAGCAAUCUUGUGUACGAUGAGAAGCUGGAUGCACCAGCCACACACGAGUAUGUUGAGACGCCUGCUUACGUUUUAAACAACGGACACACUGCUCAGGUUAUAUGGCCCGCAGGAUGGAUUUAUAUCGAUGGGAAGAACUACAGCAUGACUGGUUUCCAAUUUCACAGCCCUAGUGAGCAUACCAUCGAUGGAACAAGCUACCCUCUGGAAAUGCAGAUCGUGCACAUGACUGACGAGGGAGAUUAUGCCGUUGUCGUCAUUUUAUCAAGCAUCCAGGAGAUGGUCAACGGAUGGGUUGCACAGUUUUGGGAUCAAAUUCCUUCCCUCAGCAGUAUUUGGCAACCUGUCCCAGUGGGGAACCUGAGCCCCGACGGCUUUAGAGUCAACUUUUCCAAGUACUACCGAUACUCUGGAUCUCUUACUUCUCCAGACUGUCAAGAGAAUGUUAUCUGGACGGUUUUGAGCACGGUUUAUGAAAUUUCUCCUGGACAGAUCGAGCAUUUGCGAAGUGUCUUUCCGGAUGCAAACAAUAGACCAAUCCAGCCUCUUGGCGAUCGCAAAGUGUCAUAUCCCAAGGCAUCCGCCUAGAGGAAAGGCAUAUUUGCAGCUCCAUCGAUUUAUACAUAUAGCUGAUACGUAUUUUGUAAUUCAUACGGCUGACAUACUUAGGGCUCACUGGCGCUACAGAAGCAGCAAGAGAAAUUUAGAUUUAUGUGUGUAAAUUAAGAAUUGGUGCUCUGGAUGUCCUAUACAUAAUUUUGAUGUUAUGUAUGUCCUAUAGUCGACCAAAAUAAAACUUGUGUGUAUAGCUUUACAGACAAGUCGCAGCGCAUACACUAAUCAUCAUUGUCACAAACCUAAAAAGGCUCAUGCACUCAUCAGUCUUUCUUUGGUCGUCUUGAAUGUGUUGUUCAAUAAGUUGCAGUUACGUACGACGUCGCACGAAAAAAACUGUCAGCCAGCACGCUUACGUUGUGGCCAAAUCAUAUGUGUAACACGAGGACUCUAUCUUAUCAAACUUUUUAACAAGACUGUGA